AUGGAGUCCAUCUUUUGCGUCGAGCAGGUCAACGUUCCCCCUGAACUGGGGACGAUCAUGAAGCAAUACACAAAGGCUGUCCUCCGCGAUAGACCGCAGGAUCUCUACAAGUACAGCGCUAACUUUUUUGCGGCGCUUUGUGGUCAGGCUGCUCCCUUUGACAAGGACGGACAUUUUGUCGAAGCACGCGAGCAGGAGGCGAUGGAGCACUUUGCGGACGCCGAACUCGAGCACGUUGAAGCCGCGAAUCCCACACCCUCCGCAGAUUAUGAGAGCAACGAGGCUGUCCGAGAAGUCUUUAACAGGUACGAUGCCCACGGCGAUGGCCGGUUGGCCGCAGAGAAGCUGCCGGCAUUGCUGGCAGAUCUGCAACGAGCUGUCGGGCUUAAUGAGUCCGAGGCCGUCGAUGAGGAAGAGCUUUUGGAGCUUCUCGAAACGGACGAAAAUGGCAUGGUCGAUCUUUUGGAGUUCCGUCAGCUGUUUUUUCAGUCCGUUGAGCUUUUAUUAGAGAACGCGGAAUAG